AUCUCCGUCGCCGCGCGCGACGCCGGGCGCGGUCCGUAGCGGCCCGAGGAGCGGGCGGGUGCUCACCUAGGUUGAGGCCCGGGCCCGCUAGCGAGAGAACCUCACUGCAUUUUAUUUCGUUCGUGGUUUUUGCAUAAGCUGAAAUUUUGUAGUUGCGUUAAACUUGGGACCUCCGCGAAAAGGACCCGCUUAUUUUUUUCUUUCCAAAAUGGCAGCCUCCAGCCGCGCACAAGUGUUAGAUCUGUACCGGGCGAUGCUGAGAGAGAGCAAGCAUUUCAGCGCCUACAAUUACAGAACUUACGCUAUCAGGAGGAUAAGAGAUGCCUUCAGAGAAAAUAAGAAUGUACAAGAUCCUGUAGAAAUUCAGACUCUAGUGAAUAAAGCCAAAAGAGACCUGGGAAUGAUUCGUCGACAGCGUCCAGGGCCCCUCCUCCUGACACCAGGCUGCCCUGAGCAGCUGAGAGCAUCCUGCUGGGCCCUUCCUAGACCGGAAGCAAACUCGAGGAAAGAAUGGACUCAGCCGUCCGUCUUCAAGUCCAGCUUAGGAAGCUGAAGUUCAAAA